AUGGAUUCCGACGAGAUGAUGUUCGAGAUUAUAUCGAGAUUGCCUUUGAAGGCAUUCGAUAGCAUCCGUGCUACCAGCAAAAAACUCAAUUCGCUCACAUACGAUUCAUAUCUUUUUGAGUUACACAAGAAAAGAAACAACAUUGUAUCCGGUUUUCUUGUACAAAACAUGACGAGAAAUAACUACAUAAACGAGUUUGUACCCUCGCCUCACUCAACCACUACAGAUCUCAAGUUUUUGCCUCGUAAAACUCGUAUCGUGGCAACAAAUGAGCAGGGUAUAGCCGUGUUUGAGGUUCCCCAUCCUCGACAUCAUAGGAUGGUUUUGUACUAUGUCUGUAAACCUGCAACUAAGCAGGUCUUGGCUUUGCCGAAUCCAAAAACAAGGUUUCAGACCACUAUGGUUGCUGUCGUCACCAUGGAAUCAAACCCGUUGCAUUACAAGAUUCUCAGACUGUCUAAACCUAAAAAAUCGCCUUUAAAAUCCCCCUUCACACAUAAUUGUGAAAUCUUUGAUUCAAAAGAAUGGGCAUGGAAAUGGUUACCUCCAUCAAUGUUACAUGGCGACGUCAAUAUUCCUGUUCACGGACAACCCAUCACGACCAGUGGAUCCAUUUAUACCCUAUUAUCAAACGGUGACAUCUUGAAAUUCGAUACAUAUUCAGAAAAACAGACAACGUUUUCACCUCCCCUAGUUAUCGUCCUGAUAUUCACAAAGAUUUCACAAAGCUUAUGA